AUGUCGAAACAAAUAGCACCGGAAGAUGCAAUCCACUUUACCCGGCUCAGUGUAGCUUUAAGCUUUUGUUGGCCAUCUGCUGACAACAGCAGCAGAAGUCGCGGCUGUUACAAAAUUGCGCAAAUCUGUAUUGUCAUCAACGCUUUUCUGAUUCUCGUGCCUUCGUUGUACUCGAUUUAUUUGUACCUAGAUGACAUAAGUUUUUACUUGAACGCUCUGUUCAAAUGUAUCACCUUAACGAUAUACACCACGCAACCAAUUAUUCAGACUUGCAUAUGUUGGAAAAAGCGCGACUCGCUGCAACGUAUAAUUGAUGAGAUGGUGAAAUGCGUUAACGAGGCGCAGAAAUUCGAAAGAGACAUUUUCAUCGCACAUAUAGUAAAAUACAAUAUCAUUUACGUUGGUUACGUGGUAGCUGUAUAUGCGUCCCUGAUUUUUUUUAUAAUUGGACCUCUAGUCUUACCGAUUCCAACCUUAGUGGAAGUGAAGUAUCCGUUUCAAGUGAAUUAUACGCCAGUAAAUUUUAUCUUCUACUUGCAUCACAGCAGCAUGUGCUUCACCGCCACUGCACACUUAUGCAUAGGCGUGUUUGGUGCGCUCUUAAUGUGGUUCGCCGCUGCAAGAUUCGAAUGUUUAGUCGUGGAAAUUCAGAAAACUACCAACAUUCGUAUGUUAGUUGUUUGUAUUGAGAAACAAUUACACUUGAGAAGGUACGCCGAGGAAGUGGUUGGUUGUUUUCGUUUCAUGAUACUUUAUGUGUUGGGAAUGACAACGGUGACUAUAACUCUAUUUGGGAUUUUAUUGAUAGUGGAUUCACCAGUAAUUACGAAAGUGGAGCUCUUCAACUCUAGUGCUUUCUGUCUCUUACUCACUUUCAUUUAUGCGUGGCCAGCUGAUUAUUUACAAGAUGCCAGCGCUAACGUUUCCCGAAGCGUAUACUAUAUGGAAUGGCACAAACAACCACUAGAAAUGCGAAAGUACAUACUCACCGUGUUGAUCCAUCAGAAACCAGUGACACUUUCUGUCAGUUGCUUUAUGCCAGAGCUUAAUUUACGUUUUUAUUGUUCGUUCAUGUCCAGCGCCUUCUCCUUUUGUACCGCCAUGCGUACCAUGGUACAAGACCACUAA